AUGUCGAACAAGCCUCGAGACCUGCCCGAGCCACCGUCGCCGGCGUUUGUCAGCCAGCGUCAGUCGCUCCACAUUGAUGCCAACCCCUUCUCCAACCCUGGCUCCCCUACUCGAUCUCCUGAACGACAAGGCGCCUAUGGAUCUCCCUAUGGCACUCCUCGAGCCGAAUCUCCGACCCGUUUCGGCUCCCCUACUCGGUAUGGAAGUGCUCAUGGAGCCCGAGGAACCCCUCGAGCAGAGUGGACUCGUCGAGAGACACCUGUGAGUGAAUUUGAUCCCAUUGUCAUUGACGACGAUGAUGAUGAUGCGGUUCUGGCUCCUCCUCCUGUGUUCCCCACAGUCGAUUCUCUACGACAGUCGCAGAUGAGUGUUACCAGUGACUUGAGACAGUCUGUCAUGUCCACCUCUUCUGGCGGCCAUUCUAGCCACGGAUACGGUCACCAGUAUGCAUUGGCCCGAAGCAUCACUUCACAAUCCACCUCCUCUUCUAUCACCGCCACCUCUUCCCGAGAUUCUAUGAUCGACCACGACGAAGAUGACGACGACGAAAUGGAGUUUAGAAAGGGAGACGAAAAGAACGGCUACCGAAUGAAGUACCUCGAUGACAGAGUUCACGAUGAAGAGGAAUACGACGAGGAGGAUGACUCUGAUGCUCACUCUGUAGCCACUGUCGCCUCCCACCUCUAUGAGGCCCCCCUCCAAGCCCAGCCUCGACGUCACAAGUCCAUGGCCCGAAAGAAGGUCAAGUUGGUUCGAGGUAACCUGGUCUUAGAUUGUCCCGUCCCCACCAAGCUUUACUCGUUCCUGCCACGACGAGACAAUGAUGAGUUUGUCUACAUGCGAUACACAGCCUGUACCGCUACCCCCGAUGAGUUCAAUGACGAGGGCUUCACCCUACGACCUGCUGUCUACGAGCGAGAAACACAGCUGUGCAUCUGUAUUACCAUGUACAACGAAGACGAAGUGGCUUUUACCCGAACCAUGCAUGCUGUUAUGAAGAACAUUGCCCACUUGUGUUCUCGAAACAAGUCGCGAGUGUGGGGUAAGGAGGGCUGGAAGAAGGUCGUGGUCACUAUCGUCUCCGAUGGUCGAACCAAAAUUCACCCUCGAGUCCUCGACUGUCUGGCUGCAAUGGGUGUCUACCAAGAUGGUAUUGCCAAGCAGACCGUCAACGGAAAAGAGGUGCAGGCACAUCUCUACGAGUACACCACUCAGGUGUCUCUGGAUUCGGACCUCAAGUUCCAGGGAGCUGAGCGAGGUAUCAUGCCUGUCCAGCUGCUGUUCUGUCUCAAGGAGAAGAACGCCAAGAAAAUCAACUCGCAUAGAUGGCUCUUCAACGCAUUCUGCCCCCAGCUGCAGCCUAACGUGUGCAUUCUGCUGGAUGUUGGAACCAAGCCAGGAAAGGACUCACUCUACCAUCUGUGGAAAGCAUUUGACGCUGACUCGAACAUUGGAGGAGCUUGUGGAGAGAUCACCGCCAUGAAGGGUAAGCAGUGGCGGGCUCUAUUGAACCCCCUGGUGGCUUCUCAAAACUUUGAGUACAAAAUGUCGAACAUCCUCGACAAACCCCUCGAGUCUGUGUUUGGUUAUAUUUCUGUGCUUCCUGGAGCUCUGUCGGCCUACCGAUACCGAGCUCUCUGCAACAAUCCGGAUGGAACCGGUCCUCUCAACUCGUACUUCAAGGGAGAGUCUCUGCAUGGUCGAGAUGCUGAUGUGUUUACCUCCAACAUGUACCUCGCUGAAGAUCGAAUCCUUUGUUGGGAGCUUGUGGCUAAGCUCAAUGAGAAGUGGAUGCUCAAGUAUGUGCCUUCUGCUACUGGAGAGACUGAUGUGCCCGACAGCGUACCUGAGUUUGUGUCGCAGCGACGACGAUGGCUCAACGGUGCUCUUUUUGCAGCCAUUUACUCUCUGACCCACUUCACCCAGAUCUGGAAGACUGACCAUUCUGUCUGGAGAAAGUGCCUGUUGCAUGUGGAGUUUGCAUACCAGUUCCUGCAGCUUCUGUUUACAUUUUUCUCUCUCGGAAACUUCUUCCUGGCUUUCUACUACGUCGCAGGCUCCAUUUCUGGCCCUGACUCGGCCGUCAUUUCCAACAAUGGAGGUCUCGUUCUGUUCGUCAUUUUCAAGUAUCUUUGCAUUACCACCAUCGUUGCUCAGUUUGUGAUUUCUUUGGGUAACCGACCUCAGGGCUCUCACUAUCUGUUCCUGGGCAGUAUGGUUAUCUUCGCAUUGAUCACGGCUUACUCAACUGGAGUGGGUCUGUACUUUGUCAUCAAGACCUUGACUCUGGAAGACACUGUGUCUCUUGGAAACAACGUGUUCACCAACAUUUUCGUCUCCCUGGCCUCCACCUACGGUCUUUAUGCUGUGAUGUCCUUCCUGUACCUGGACCCCUGGCAUAUUCUAACUUGUUCAGUCCAGUACAUUCUGCUUCUGCCCUCGUCCAUCUGCACCCUCCAGGUCUACUCCUUCUGUAACACCCAUGAUGUUACUUGGGGUACUAAGGGAGACAACGAGCUUACUCCUGAUCUUGGAUCUGCCGUUGCCCAGAAGGACUUUGGUCAGGACGUGGUUGAAAUUGAGAUGCCCUCUGAGCAGCUCGAUAUCGACUCCGGCUACGAAGAAGCUCUCGGAAACCUCCGGGAGAACAAGGUGAUUGAGUCGGCCCCUCCCUCUAUGAGCACUGUCACAGAUGAUUACUACCGAGACAUACGAUCGCGAGUGGUGCUCGUGUGGAUGGCUCUUAACAUGGUUCUGGUGGUGGUUGUCACCGAGGUGUAUGCCCCCAGUGAGACCGCCUCCAACGACUACCUCAAGUUUAUUCUAUGGUCCGUCGCCGCUCUGGCUCUGUUCCGAGCCAUUGGUUCUCUUGCUUUCCUCUUCAUUCGGAUCCUUAAGUAUCUCAACGAGGCCAAAGCUCGAACCCUCAAAAGACACCAGGGGCUCACUGGCCAACAGUAA